AUGGAGUAUGAUACCAGAGAGAAAAUCGAGCCUCUGGGAAUUCUCGAUCCUGAGAUCGCAGCGUUCCUCGCAGGUCGCCCCGCGGCCUCGCUCGGUGCCGAAGACGAUGAAGUCCAAAAGAUGAUGGAAAAGGCCAAGGCCGAACAAACAUCUCGCCCUGACUCCAGCACCGAGUACUCCAUCCAUAUCCCCAUGAGAGACGGCUACCAGUCGGAAACCCGCAUCCACAAACCGGAAUCCCCCUCCGGCGACAAACACCCCCUCAUCGUCCUGAUCUAUGGCGGCGGCUUCGUCAUGGGCCACUGCACGCAGCUCAGCCCGUACGCACGGAUCGCGGCAAAGGUGUUCAACGCCGUGGUGGUCAACAUCUCCUACCGUCUCGCCCCGGUCCACAAGUUCCCCGCGGCGCCGAACGAUGCCUGGGACAGCCUCAAAUGGAUCGCGGCGAACGCACAUACCCUUGGCGCCGACCCCUACGCUGGCUUCAUUCUCGGAGGAGCCUCGGCUGGGGGAAACCUCGCUGCGGUGGUUGCUCAAAAGUCCGUUGACGAGGGAUUGACUCCGCCUCUUACCGGGACGUGGCUUUGCAUUCCGUAUCUGUUGGAGGAAGAGAUUGUGCCACCCAAGUACAAAGAUGUCUGGUUCUCCCGAGAGCAGAACGCCGCCGGGCCCGUCAUCGACAAGGAUGGAAUGGCGCACAUGAAAGCUGCUUACGGCGCGGACGUCAAGUCGCCGGAUCUAUCGCCGUUCAACUCAAAGAAUCCGCAUAAAGGCCUGCCGCCGACAUUCUUGCAAGUGUGUGGCACGGAUCCCUUGCGGGAUGACGGGCUUGUGUAUGACCGGGUCUUGAGGGAGCAUGGAGUGAAGACGAAGUUGGUCGUGUACCCGGGAGCGCCUCAUGGGCACAUAAUGUUUCCGAGCAAGCUGUCGACGAAGUCUCACUUCGAUACUUUCGAUGGUCUUGCUUGGCUUCUUGGGAAGGAGACCCCGGAUGAAGAAGUGAUCACUCAGGAGCUGGCUCUGAAUCCGAUCAUGUCCGUCUAG